AUGGGUCUACCUACGCCUCCAACAACUUCUCAUAGAGAGAAAGAACACCGGACUCUUGGAAGCCGUUCUCAUGGCGUGAUUUUUUCGAAGGAGAACCGAAUCCAUAGUCUGUCAGCACCUCCUCAGGGUCCCAGUUGUAGUAGCGCACUACAAAGCCGCCCAAUAAAGUCUAUACUCAAACCCACCCAACCUCUUCUUCCUCUUCAUCAGGAAGAAAUCCGUGAAGAGACACCUGAACCCGUUAACCCGCUUGACGACCCCAUUUAUCUUCAAACUCCUAUAUCAACAAUCAUCUCCCAAUCCGCCACUCUACCCGAGCUCAUUCGGGCAUACUCUGUACUUACGGCGAGGAUACGGCCCUACGUCAAUGACUGGACUGAUUGCUCAUCACCGUUGUUCGAGCCAUUACGCGCCAACAGCGAUGUUCUUUGCGACCGUGUAUGCCGCGACGUGCGUCGUGCUUUGGAGGAUGCAUUAAUUGGAGAUGACGAGGAGGAGGUGCAGAAGGAGUAUCAACUUCCUUCCCCAACAAAAAGCCCGAAGAAAAAGAAGAGGGGCAUGACGGCGGAACAAGCCAAGCAUGCGCGAGAUCUUUGUAACAUCUGUCAUUCCGUUCUGAAAUUCCUCGGAUUGCUUUUCUCUCUGCCUGAUUUAUCCCCAUUUUUUACAGUCCGGCAACGAACUGAAAUGUUGAGCGGCAUCCUCUCUAUUCCUCUUGCAACAGAUCUGCCUACACCGAAUGCUCGAAAAACUUAUGCUCUGUCCAUUUACGUGAUUCAGUCACUGCGACUACCCGACACUGUUCUUCUUCCUGCCCGAGAUUCCAUCGCCUUUGCCUUGGGUCGUGGCAUAGAUGGAGAAUUAGGAAAGGAAGGUAAGAAAGGCUCAGCUAGUGAUGGUCUCAAGGCGAUUCACGACCUUGCGAUAUAUCAACCGGCCACUUUUGUCCCUGCUUUCGUCAUUUUGACGGAUUCCAUCCUUAGAAACCUUCUUGCCCCAACUCUGACCCUUCGGGUCCAAGCCUGUCAUGCUCUUGGUGGUCUGGCACAAGGUGUCAUUUCAAUUCCCCUUUCUCACAUCCAUUCGCGUAUAUCGUUGCAAAUAGUGCAGUUCCUUCUUACUCCGUCGACGCGCGCUUCACCGAAGAAGAAGAGCGGUAGCCCGACACCUGCAACACAAGAAUCUGAUAUUUGUCGAACGCUGCGAACGACAUUGAAUACUGAAGAUCCCUUGCAUGUCGCUCAAGGUCCUGUUUGGGCGUUACAUGUCUUGGGAUGCUUCAUUGUACUUCUUGGUUCUGCAUUCAAGACCGACAUGCGAUUAGUCAGGACCAUCACGAAUUUGCUCACACUGACAAUGCGGCACAAAAAAGUCGCGGUGCGCAAACUAGCCUGUGUUGUUUGGAGGUCUAUCACUUGGUCCUGGCACCAGCUCCCACUACCAUCCCUCGGGGACGAAGAGUGUACGGUGGUACCCUCAAAAUCUGAGCAGCAAAUGGUUAGCAAAAAGCAAUGGUGCUUGAUUGAAUUGGUCCUCAACAUGGGUGUCGGUGUGGGCACUUGUUGUGCUAUUGUUGGGAACGAACUGGGUCCAGCAGAGCGUAUCCGUCUUGAGAGAAUACUUACUUUGAUGAUGAAUAGGGGUGAUGACUCUAGGGAUUGUGCACUACGCUGUAUCAAACAGCUCGUGAGCCUCGAGCAACGGGUGUCAUCUUGGGAUAUCGACAAUCUCCUUUCCAGAAACUUCUUGUCCGGAAUACCAGGUGUUCUCAACGCUGACUAUCAAGACUUGACGAGGCCGCUUCAGAAUAUACUUGAGGAGCUGCCCCACGUCCGUGAUCUACGCCCGUUGAACAAAGAUGAGCUACUCGAACUCGAUACCAUGGGUUUGUUCCUCGAGUUGUGGGGCAGUGCGAUAGGCAUCCGUAAUGGACAACAUAAUAACGAAGACUUGCUAAUCGAAACAUGGGAUGCCAUACUCAAGGCGGUGACGACGUUGGCAGAAGACGAAGAUGACGAAGCUGAAUCAAAAGCAGCACUAAACCUCUGCAGCACUCUUUACGACAGUCUUCGGAUGGGAUCUAAAGAAGAGAGCAAGACUUCUGACUCUGAUGGUCACACAAUGAAGCAGGAACAGAACUUCGACCUUGGAAAGAAAUUGCGAAUGGUUCGACGUGCUUGGACGUCCUUGUGUAACGUAUUACCAAAUGGUGUUCUAGCUGACUACGGGACACAGCUGCUUGCACAACUCGUCCAAUCCGAUGAUGAUGAGCUCAGCGAGAUCGACGACAGCGUACGGGAAGAGUGGGCUGCACUUUGUGUUGAUCUUGUUCUGUCUUCUGAAGAUUCGUCGAAAGUGCUGUCUGCGUUUUGGACCCAAGUAGACUCGAAGUGGAAUUGGUCGGCAACGGUACGCACCAUCGUUUGGACUAAAUUUGUCCAGACAUGGCAGGAGAGCAAACGAGAUACUUGGGAUGGGUCACUUGUUCUGUUGAGCGCUCCUUUCUGCAGUGUCACUGUUUGGGACCUCAAUAACGACGAGCUUUCAACGUGGGAAAGGUUCUUGGCCUUCAUUGUAAAUCGAGGUUUCGAUUAUGGUUACGAUUGCGUCGCUGUGGUAGGCCUAAUCGCGGAGAGGCUCCAAGAGAAAUGCAACCCGACUUUCACAUCGCUUACUCGCAUCGCGGAUAUGCUGAUGACUCACGCUCGUGAUUCGUUCAGAGAGAUCCUGAACCUUCCAGAAAGUCUGAUGGACUUCAUCGCGGAUACGUUAAACCAAAGCUAUCCACCCUCACCUUCCACAGGUUUUUCGUCUUUGUGGAUGAUCCGGUCUCUUGGUCAUCUCAUCGAUUCAUGUCCUGAACAGCUGUGCCUCAGUCUGUUGGAAACCCUCCAGGAAUCCAUUGUUCUUUGGAUCUCGGAUGAGCGAUCUGGGGUUACGGACUCUUAUGAUGAUAUCGUAACGUUCUAUGAGAAUUAUCUCAUGAGACUCGCGGAAGUCAUUCCUCCUACCCAGGAAUAUAUGCAACAGUUUGCGCCUAUACUCGAUGCCAUAUUCAUAGGUCCUCAGAAACCUGUGGCCGCUUUCGACGCUUUCGAUACCUUCUGGCACACGACUCAAUUUUCGGUAAAUGUACCGCCUCAGGCCUGGCCCAAGAAGGUGUAUGAGUACAUUUACGGCGCACCUGCAAUUUCGGCCGCCCCCUCUCCCAAAUCUCCAUAUCCUGUCGAGGAAACUCAUGUGGGAGAAGAUACACCCGAAGAAGGCGUCGAAUCUGUCGUCAGUUCGAAGAAAAGCAGAACAGAGGAAGCUUCUUCUUUACACGACUCAGAACCUUGUUUGUUCAGCUCUCCCGCGCUUGAGUUCCCUGCCUCCCCAUAUCCCAGCCAUUCCAGGAAAAUUGAAGCCGAAAACGCCGGAAGUGAUAUCAGGCUUCUCUUGCCUGCCCCACCAAUUCUAUCGACUCCCCCGCGCGCAUCCAGAGCGAAACUGCGUAUUGCUGGAGCACCUAAUUCUCCUCCGCCGCUACUGCAUACCCCUGGUGAAUCAAGUUUGGUAUUUGCUCGCAGGUUUGAGCCUUUGUUUUCCCCGAAGACUCCAUCCAGCAAGUCAAAACAUGUUUCACAACUUGCCUUAUCUCCCACCAUUAAACCCCUUCCUCCUGUGAGUCCUGUCGCUAGUCCCAACAAGAAGCGACGUGUAUCAGACUCAAAUAAGGAGAACCUUUCUCCGUGCCCAACGAGAUACUCACCCCAGUAUCGUGGCCGUGAUGUUCAGAGUUCACCCUCACGCCUUUUAUCGGGGAAUGACAGAAAACGUAUGUUUGACAGUGUUGAGGAUGGAACCGCAUGUCCAGAGCAAGUGAAAGUGGAGAGGCCGACGAAGAGGGUGAGAAUAAGUACGCCAAUACCGCCAUUGGCCUUACCUCUUCCUGCGGGACCGAUAUCUUCUUCGCUAGAAGCUGCUGAUUUCGAUCUUGCUUUGUGCUCUCCUUCGUCAUCAUCCUCCAAAGCAAUGUCUUCAAAGUCGUCCUCACCCUCCUCAUCUUCACUUGACUCUACCGUGGAUACCAACAAUGCGGCUACCUUAUGCCGAACUACAUCCAUAUCUAAGAAGCGUAAAGCUUUACUCAUGGACUGUGUCGAGAUCGUGAGGAUCACCCCUUCGAUAUUGGGUCAGGCGAUGAAGACACCCACGCAUCGGAUGACAAGGAAGGUCUCGAUAGGCAAACGAAAGACCGUGACGAUAGCUUCCCCUGUUCAAGGCCCAGAUGCGGAAGGGGAUUUAGAUCCAGAAUUCUCGAACUUGAGCAUGUCUUCAGAGUCUGAUUCGGACUAUGGGUCCGACCCCGAUAACCUGCGUAGUGAAAAGCAACUCUCGUCCGACGAUGACCCGCAUUUGGGUCAAGUAACGCCGGGGCACUUGAUCUCGCCUACUCUCAGGCGAGUGCGCGGAUUACAUCGUAACCUUGAUGGAGAGAUGGAAGCGGAAGAUGAAUUGCCCAGCAGUGAUGAUUCUGAUUGUUCAUUCAGUGAUCGCGGCGAAAGGCGCUCACGACAGUUGAGCCCGUCGAGGGAGGUGGUGUUGAGGAGGAUACAGAGGAGUCUGAGUGGGACGGCGAGGGCUGUGGUUACACCUUGCGUCGGUUCGAGGGAUUACUCGACCUGA